AUGGAGCCCUAUGACAAUAGCUUCAGGCAUGCCAAGCUACCACCGGGGUAUAUUCGUGUGCUCGAGUUACAAGCCUCGACUUCCGUCGAUGCAGCCUUAUCCUGUCGACUUAGAGUGCAGACCAUUACUGACGAGCCUUACGAGGCUUUGUCCUAUGUAUGGGGUAAGCCGACUGUCUUUCACAGCACCAUUUGGUGUGUAGAUGAGGACCAUCCCGACACAGAAGGCGGCGUGCUGCACAUUGGCGCCAACUUGGCCACGGCGCUUCGCGCCUACCGCCCUCUAGAUCACGCCAGACGAAUAUGGGCCGAUGCUAUCUGCAUCCAGCAGGAUGACUCGGACGAGCGCCUGUCUCAGGUUCGCAUGAUGGGUGACAUUUUCCGCAGUGCGACGAGAGUUUUAUGCUGGCUCGGGGCUUUCCAGGACCCAGCAACGUGCGAGUUCCUAGCACUGACUGCAAUACACUUUCUGCGAGAGUUCAACAAAGACCAAAAUAGUCAUUUGCGGCAGAUUCAGUCCGCUAUACAAAGAAGAAAGACGCAAACUAAAGAACACUUGACCGAAGGGAGCGAUGAAGAGCAAAAGCUGUUCACGACAUGGCGUGCUGUCAAGACAUUCUUCGACUGUGAGUACUUUCAUCGCGCCUGGAUUAUCCAGGAAAUUGGUCUCGCUCGCCGCGCCUGGCUCGCUUGGGGCCGCAGCAAUGUCUGCAUCGACUGGGACGAAGUGGCCCAAUUCGUUUUGUUUCUGGACGAGAAUGGCGCGUCCGUCAUCAACGAGCUCGGCCUCAAGUCGUGGGUCUGCAACCACAUCAACCUUGUGUGGUCAAACAAGUCUGACGGCACGCCAGCGUACGACUUUUCCGAGGUCCUACACUGGGCACGCGUCCACCUCUCCACGGAUCCGCGCGACUACGUCUACUCGCUCCUGGGCCAUCCGAGCGCUGUGGUGAGCGGCCAGCUGCUCAUCGAGCCGGUGUACACCAUUCCCACAGCACAAGUGUAUACAAACCUCGUUGUCAAUACCGUCCGGCGCACACGCAGCUUGCACAUUCUCGCCUUUGUCGACCACGGCGAGGAGCCAAACCCAAUGGGCCUCCCAACGUGGGUGCCCGAUUGGCACGCCUUGAAUCUCGUCGCACCGCUCAAAUGCCCUACCCGUGCCGCUUCGCCAGAAUACCUCUCCGUGAUUGUAGACGAAAACUCGAGAUCCACGCCCGCUCUGCGCUGUCGGGGUGCCAUUGUCGGUACGUUGCGCGCACGCUCGGACAUGAUAUCCCCCAAAGAGCUUGCCAUUACAGACUACGCCGCCGAAGUCAAGAAGCAGCUCCCGUUCCUGCUCGACCGCAUCUACGCCCAGCUCGUCCUCACCCAGCCCGCCGCGACGCGACCCAGCGCACUGUCCUUCAUCUCUGCCCUGAGCUUCAUCCUCACGGGCGCCUUUCGCGGUACCACGCCCGCCGCGUCAGGCGCCGCGCGGGACCAGCAGCGCGCCGACUGCGCCGCCCACGCCGUCAAGGCCGAGGACCUGCGUGCAGCCUGCGCCACGGCCCAGCCGGGCGCCUUUUUGGGCAGCAUCUCUGUCGAAGAAAGACUGCGGGUGAAGGCGCUCGCGGCGACGGGUUGCGCGACGCAGAUUGUGCAGGACAUGACGUGGACGUCCAUGUGUCGGCGAGUAUUCAUCACUCGAGACGGCCAGCUUGGCCUUGGGCCGCGCACGGUAGCCGACGGCGACGUGGUGACCGUCCUGCCCGGCUCCAAGUAUCCCCUUGUUCUUCGGCAAACGGCGGCACGAACCGCCGAGACCGAGUAUGAGCUUGUUGGGCCGGCGCUGCUGUAUGGCUUCAUGGACAAUGAAGUCGCGAAAGCGCCGAAUGGGGCGUUUGUAGAGCAAGAAUUGUGUCUAGUUUGA